GCGUAACUUCCGGCCUCUCUCUGCUUGAUAACACCUCCGCGAGUGUUUCUACCUCCGUCAAAUCUUCAGUUUACUCACUAAAACACACCGUGACCGCCUCAGAAACUUUUUUUUAUCCAUUUACCGAAGUUUACGUGUCUUGUUUUGCUUCGUGUUAUUUACGUGACGUCUGUUUUUUUGCGUGUUUUUCGGAACUUCGAAACGACGCCGGCUGACGUUAUCUUUGCCUGCUAGCAGCCACCAUUCACCCUCCGUUGGAAAAAAAUAAUAAAAUCCUUGAAACAUGGACCAAGCAGGCGUCACAGCACAGGCUCCGAAGAGCCCAUGGGGCAGCGCGGCCCCGGCCCCUCCCACCUGCUCCCUGUCUGAUGUGAUGAGUGAAGAGCUGGCCCGGCAGCUGGAGGAGGAGAACCAGCCGUGUCCCGCUCUGUCCCAUCCUCCGGCCGACGUGCUGCUCUCAGACGAAUAUCCGGACACCACCAGCGACCUGAUGCUCGCCCAGAUGCUGCAGAUGCAGUUCGACCGCGAGUUUGACGACCAGCUGCGGCGCGAGGAGAAGAAGUUCAACGGAGACAGUAAAGUGUCCAUCUCCUUCGAGAACUACCGGAAGGUCCACCCGUACGAGGACAGCGACAGUUCAGAGGACGAGGUGGACUGGCAGGACACCAGGCACGACCCCUACAGAGCAGAAAAGCCCCAGACGAACCCCCGCAGAGGAUUCACUGGAAAGGGGAAGAACAUCACCACCAAGCAUGACGAAGUGAUGUGUGGACGGAAGAACACGGCUCGCAUGGACAACUUUGCUCCGGAGGUCCAUGUGGGCGACGGUCUGGGGAUGGACCUGAAGCUGUCCAACCAGGUCUUCAACUCUCUGAAGCAGCACUGCUACAGCGAGCAGAGGCGCAGCGCCAAGCUGCAUGAGAAGAAGGAGCACUCCACCGCCGAACAAGCGGUGGACCCUCGGACCCGCCUCCUCAUGUACAAGUUGGUGAACGCCGGCGUGCUGGAGAACAUCAACGGCUGCAUCAGCACCGGGAAGGAGUCUGUGGUGUUCCACGCUGAUGGAGGAAGUCUGGAGGAGCAGCCCGUCCCGGACGAGGUGGUCCUGAAGGUUUUCAAAACCACUCUGAACGAGUUCAAGAACCGAGACCGCUACAUCAAGGACGACUACCGCUUCAGGGAGCGCUUCAGCAAGCUCAACCCCCGCAAGGUCAUCAGGCUGUGGGCCGAGAAGGAGAUGCACAACCUGGCCAGGAUGAAGAAGGCGGAGAUCCCCUGUCCUGACGUGGUUCUGCUGAGGAAGCACAUCCUGGUCAUGUCCUUCAUCGGGAAGGAUCACGUUCCUGCUCCCAAACUGAAAGACGCCGAGCUGAGCGCCGAGGACAUGAAGAACGCCUACUACCAGGUUCUACACCUGAUGCAGCAGAUGUUUCAGGAGUGUAACCUGGUCCACGCUGACCUCAGUGAAUACAACAUGCUGUGGCACCACAGGAAGGUCUGGCUCAUCGACGUCAGUCAGUCUGUGGAGCCCACCCAUCCUCACGGUCUGGAGUUCCUCUUCAGAGACUGCAGGAACGUCGCCACGUUCUUCCAGAAGAGAGGCGUGAGUGAGGCCAUGAGCGUCUACGAGCUUUUCAACGCCGUGUCACAGCUGAACAUCCCGGUGGGAGCCGAGGACGAGGCCGAGUUCAUGGCAGAGAUCGUGGCGCUGGAGAAGAGGAAUGAAGACCACGUGCAGAAACGAGGGAAGAAGACGUUCCCGGUGACCUCGGAGGACGACGGCCCGCCGUUGGAACCCGACACAGACGACUAGUGGCGCCCCGCCCGCUCGCUCUUCACGACCCCGACGUGUUGAAAACCAUUCGCCUUUGACGAGGAGAGACGCCUCUGACCACGCCUCCUCUGCCGCUCCACCGGGCCGGCGGAGCGCCUCCUCCUGGAGGAGGAGCAGCAGUGCUCAGGUCCCUGAGACCACUCGCGACGUCUUCCUGCUCUUUCUGAUGUCUUCAGCUCGGCUUGAAAAAGCGUAGAAAUCAACAGAUGAGUUUCAGGAAAACACCCGAGGUCAUAGGUCAUCAGAGCGUGUUGAUUGGUCUUCUGUGGGAAAUCACGGUUCUGCUAAAGAUUCGAAACAUCGUGUUGGUUGUUAUGAUGCAAUCAUGGAAUAAAUUCAAAGAUGGGAA